UGUGACCCUGCAUCCGCGACAAAGUACUGCAAGAGGCUGAGGGACAAAGGGGACAAAGGGUAGAAUGGACCGGACCUCCCCAGUCCUCUCCCCAACGGAAGGGGCCACAACAUUCUACUGUUGAAGAGAAGGCCAGGAUGGGCCUCCGUGUAAGAAGGCAACACAGAAAACAGGGCGUCAAAAGAUGGACGCCGAAACAGAAAGGAUCAAAAAAGAAAUAAGACACAAGUCAGCACCCUUUUGUGUGAAAUGUGGGAUAACUAGACCAUACCGCAUUGUCAUUCUCACCUGCGCAUUCACGGGUUCUGCCCUUCUGUGGUGGGCCUUCAGCCUGCCCACCUGGGUGAAGAUAGAAAUCCAGGGCACCACCCAAGCGCUCUUCAGCGCUCUCUUCGCAAUCUGCAGUGGCGAGGUCACAUGUUGGGUUCCUCCAUCCAAGUCAAACUGCUUCACAUUUGGUCGAAUUUUCAUGAUCAGCGCCCUUGUUCUCUCCUUCUUCCUGAACAUCAUACUCAUGGCCUUCCCUCACUCCCUUCCUGAUACUCGGAAACAGUACUUUGUCUUCACGAUCACCUUCUUCAUCAUAGGUGUCUGUGUGUUCCUUGCAUUACUGCUGCACUCUCUGCAUAUUUCGAAAGUAACUGACGUAUUCAAGAACGCGAAAAUCACCUUUCUGUACCCGUGUUUCAUCCUCUCAUUCAGCAUCACACUGUUUUUCCUAUCUGGAAUUCUCUGCUUCUUCAGCUCCCACCACUGUUGGCUUCAGUGUGUGCUACCACAGCCGAUCCAAGUGGAACCCAGGCAAACAGCCGCGGCCAGUGGGAGCCCAGUGGCAGUCACAGAGGGGAGACCAGGGGGUGACAGUUAGCAGAACCUCAGCGGUGAGGAGGCUAACAGCAGAAACGCAUGUCCAGCCUGUAACUCAAGCCUUCACAGCUACACACACUCUCUUGUUUAAUUACCGUGUAAGACUGGGGAGUGUUGGCCUGCGACUCACCGUCGUUCACGUGAGGAUCAGGGUUCCAGGAACUUGGGUUUUCAUGAAAGAAGACAUAGUUGGAGGUGGGGGGCGGUGAGUCUGCUUUGAGUCUUGGGGACUUGGAAUGAGAAUCUCCUCACCUUGAAGAUGACCAAGGCCCACGCUGCCCUCUCAUGUGUGUUUUGUAACCUGGAAGUCAUUUUCUAGCAGUAACAAAGCUCUUUCUCUGUCUGUGGAGGCUGUUUUGAUACGAAUUCUCUGCCCUCUGAUAAUUUUAUGAGUGGAAUCUUUUCCCUGUCAUAUCAGGUACCAACCCCUCAUCCAAGCUACCUGAAACUGUAACAAAGAGUGAACCUAUUGGACAAGCACAGGGGUCGUCCAUGGACUCACAGAACACUUUGAUUGACUGGGGGCUACACAGGAUACUGGGGGGGGGCACCCAGAGCUCUUUCCUCGGGAUACUGUCCUUUUACUGUUCAGUGAAGGCGAAUGGAAUUUCCUGCUCCAUAAAUGCAAGCACUAUUCUAAAUUCCCCUGCUCAUCACUCUCGGGAGCCAUCAAAGCCUGUCCCUUCCCGGUCAGGCAGACCUCUGCUCCCCCGUGGGAGCCCUCCUCACACCCACGGGCCAGCCAGGCCCGUGUCACCACUGCCAGACUAGGGGACUUCUGAGUGUGCUUCCUCUCCACUGCAGUCUCCCUCUGCCACGCUGCCGACGCCAGCUGCUUAGCACACAGAGCUGAGCACAUUCCCCUUCAAAACCCACUUGCCCUGUUCUUUUCUUCAGGGUAAAUUCCUUGUCUUGAUAAAUAAAGUUCUU